AUGCCGACGGUCCAGCUACGGAAGAAUGCGACGAUCGCAACGGUCAGAUUCGGUGGAAACGAGCCGACGAACACGAUCGGGAUCACAACAGUCAUUACCCCGAUUGGAGAAGUCGUUUUCCACGUUAUCAAUAUGUCAACGCCCUUCUUGCUAUGCCUCAAGGAUAUGGACCGUCUCGGUGCCUAUCUCAACAACGUCACGAACGAAUUGAUCUGCGGCGAUAAGAGGAUUCCGAUCAUCAAGGCAGACGCACCGCGCAGGUUCAAAUUCACGUUAAAGGAUAACUGCGAUUUCAACUACGAAUUGAUCGUCGAUGUGGAGAGAUAUCACGCCCCGAUUCGAAGGGCAUACGAGAUCUUGAAAGCCGAGCUAAAAACAGCAUCAGCUGAGUCGUUGCUUCAAAUGGCCUUCAAAUCCGUCAAUGAUACCGCCGGACCUGACGGUCUAGUGCCCACACUACUAGUCUUUGAGGUCACAGUUGAGCUAGACAACGGGCCAGCUAAAUUUCGCAGCACGGCUUUACGUGCAGAGAAGAAAAUCACUACCGCCGGACGACCGUUUGAAGCCUCUGAUGACCUCGAAAUCACGAACCUGCUAGGCGCAGGCGUCAUCGUGCCCGAACGAUACGAUAUGAAUAAGCAUGGAAAACACAGGCUAUUCAAGUCACGAAUGGUCCGGGAGGUCAAAGGAUAUGGUGACGACGAGAAGCAGAUCAACGUCACGACCGCAGAGACCAACGCGGAUACCGCACUUCAGGUUAAUGCCUUCGGCGUUGCCGCGCUUCAGACUGAUGAUACGUUAUUGCCAAAGAAGACCCUACGAGAAGGCGAUACCUGUGAUUUCAACGGCAGCCUCAUUGCUCUAGAGAAGGGCUAUCUUCUAGUCAUGCAGAAAGGUCAGGUCAACAACCUCAAAAUUAUCGAUCUAUCCACGGAAGAUCGGGCCCAACGAUACGUGGAACAACGUGCCCAUCCAACCGCGGAGGAUUUUCAGGCGUUGAAUAAACGGAUCCAAUGGCAGAUCGACAAUCCACAAAGAGGCCUUCGAUUCGUCCCAAUAGGUCUAGAAGCAGCAAAGGUCUUCGUCUUCACAGACGGAUCAUUCGCCAACAACAAGGACUUAAGCUCUCAGAUCGGAUUCGUUAUAAUCAUUGCAACCGAGACUAACUCGACGAAGUGCAAGAGAGUCACCCGCAGCGUCUUGGCUUCUGAGAUAUAUGGAUUAGCUUCAGGCUUCGAUUUGGCAUAUGUGGUUGCAGGGACGAUCAACCAGAUUACAAGCCGCCUUGGAUUACCGCAAAUCCCGCUCGUUGCCUACGAACAACGCGAAAUCACCAACAUCCGCUGGAUCAACGGAGCGGAUAACCCGGCCGAUGCAAUGACGAAGCUAUCUCCAAACGGGGCCUUAACCCGAUUCGUUAACGACAACGAGAUCACGAUCCGGCUCGAAGGCUGGGUUCAAAGGAAGGAAGAUAUGACCGCAUGA